AUUUAUAUAUGCACAUACAUUCUUAAAUUUAAAUUUAAUAAGAAAGAAAGAUAAAAUCAGUUCAAACUAGUUAUUAUUUAUUUCAUCAUGCAGCAAAAAAAAAUUGGAUUUCUGGAGAGACUUAAUUCAGGUGAAAUUAUAAUUGGAGAUGGGGGGUUUGUUUUUGCAUUAGAAAAAAGAGGCUAUGUUAAGGCAGGACCUUGGACUCCUGAAGUCAAUAUUGAACAUCCUGAAGCAGUUAGAGAACUUCACAGAGAAUUUCUGAGAUCGGGUGCCGAUGUAAUGCAAGCUCUGACCUUUUAUGCCAGUGAUGACAAAUUAGAGAAUCGUGGAAAUCAAGCCAAACAUUUGUACACGGGCGAAGCUAUUAAUUAUGCAGCUUGCGAGUUGGCGAAAAGUGUCGCGGCUGAAAGGAAAAAUACAUUGGUGGCCGGAGGCGUGUGCCAAACCCCUUCUUACCUCGAUGGCAAAGGCAAAGAUGCCGUUCAAAACGAGUUUCGGAAGCAACUCAAGGUGUUUGUUAAACAUGACGUGGAUUUCUUGAUUUGCGAAUAUUUCGAACACAUAGAAGAGAUUGAAUGGGCUAUUGAAGCUUGUAAAGAGACUGGAAAACCCGUGGCAGCAACUAUGUGCAUAGGUCCAAAUGGCGAUAUGAGUGGCGUGUCACUCGGUGAAUGUGGUGUAAGAUUGGCCAAAGCAGGAGCGUGCUGCAUAGGAAUAAACUGCCAUUUCGACCCUUUAACUUGCGUUAAAACAGUUUGUCUAAUGAAAAAGGCCUGCGAAAAGGAAGGCAUUAAAGUGCAUUACAUGUGCCAACCCUUAGCUUAUCAUACCCCAGAUUGUAGCAAGCAGGGAUUUAUUGCUCUCCCAGAAUUCCCUUUUGCCCUGGAACCACGUAUAGUGACGCGAUUCGACGUUCAAGCGUAUGCCAGAAAAGCAUACGAGUCCGGUAUACGAUACAUAGGCGGUUGUUGUGGGUUCGAACCAUAUCACAUCCGUGCCAUAACCGAAGAACUUAUUAACGAAAAGAGACACGCUGGAUCCGCCAAUGGAUUCCCCUAUGAAACACCAGCGGCUCUAGAUAAACACGGCUUAUGGGGAUCCGAACUUAAAAUUCAUACCAAACCUUUCGUCAGAACUAGAGCCAACAGAAAUUACUGGGAAAAUUUGAAGCCUGCGUCUGGUCGACCAUAUUGUGCUAGUCUUUCUAGACCUCACGAUAUUGAAAUGCACCCCGGAGACAAAAUCCUAAAGCAAGGACCUCAAGAAACGAGUGAAGAAGAUCAAGCCGAGCUAUUAAAGGUGCUUGAGAAUUGUAAAACAGGACACCAUAUUAAAGGGGGCGAUGGCAAUCAUUCCGACAACUUACUACUCGAUUUUAAUUAAAACCUAUUAAUUUUUUAUUUGAUGCCAAAACAGUAUCAC